CAGCUUGUGUGUAUGUAUUCGUUCUUGGCGGAUGGUGUUUUCUACGUCGGUCUAAUACAGGGCUACAAGUCCAUGGGAUUCAGUAUAUAAGGCUUUGAUAUACUGAACAAGGAACAAACAUGGCGGCAGUUUUGACCAGAUGCUUGGUCCUCAUGUUCUUUGUUUAUUCCAUACGUGAUUCAUCGGCUGAAUCGACUGAAGAAGAUAUAACUGAUUACAUGGACGAGCGGUGCUAUUGGACAAUAGACUUCAACCUUUACGGCAUCUCGGAAAGACUAGUGAAACUAUCCCAGUCCAACGUCUACUCUGCAAACAGUACCUGUUUCAUCAAGUUCCAAGCUAAAGCAGGCUACAGACUGAUGUUCAAAUUCCUGUCGGUUGAGAUGGAUACAUGUGAUGACUUCCUGGGUGUUUACGGUGACUCCCUCACCGCUCCAGACGCGGUCAAUGUAUUUGUGUGUAGUCAGCCACAUACAGUGUAUACCACCCCGAGCAGGACAGGCUUCCUGCUGUUCAUCAGUGAUGCCCAGGGGAAUGCUGGAGGGGCCUCCGUCCUGGUGUCAAUGUUCAAGACCAAGAGUACGUACUAGUCGAACAUUUACUGAAUUAUCCAUGAGUUGCAAGGAAAUACUUCUCGAUGAAUAAAUGUUGAAGCGUCCCAAGCAUGCUGGAGAACACUGAACAUUAGCAGCGACAAAUAAACCCUGUUCCUGGUU